AGGGAAAAGGCGGUGGGGCCCGUCCCCCUCCAUGCGCUGCCGGCAGCGGGGCCCCGGCGCGGCGGCUCCGUGCCCGGGCGGAGCGUGCGGCAGCGGACCCGGCCCGGCCGCGCUUCCGGCGCCGCGGCUCCAUGGACGCCAAGCUGUGCUUCUGGAGGGCCGAGGGGCAGUCUUUCUUCCAGAGGUUUCUCCUCUGGUCGGACGCCUUGGAUCCGCUGCUGCUCCUCAAGUCCACCAAUGAAAUACAAAGAACCAGGUUAUUAAUACAAAACAAUGAGAAGACCCUAAGUGAGCCCAUACAGAAUAAUCAGACUAAACAAGCCUUCUUGCUAAGCCUGUCCAGCAUACAUCCUGAUACAGACAAGAUAAUUCCUGUUUUGUUUAGACCUCCUGCUUUCAUGCCCAUAACUCUUCCCUUGGUCAUUGUUUCAUCUGUUCAGAGCCGGGCAAAGCAUUCUUUAUUUUGGCAGUUUGUGUUUCACACAUACACCACAGCAUUCACUCUGGUAAAUGGAAAUGGCACCCCAAAGGCUGAAGAAUACUCACUUCAUCAAAAGCAGAUCUUUCUUGGCUUGUUAGCCAUUUCCUAUUCAGCCUGUGUUGGUGCUCUCCCUCUUGCCUUCAUGAAUCGUUAUGUGCUGAAGAGCUCAUUAAUGCAACUUGUCGUCAAAAAACUUCUCCCUGCUCCUCUGUUUGGUUUGACAAGUGCAUUUACUGUGUCAGUGGUGAGAAGCCCAGAAUUUGAGAAUGGGAUAGAAGUGAUGGACAGGAAUGGCAAGGUUAUAGGAGUGUCUAAGAAGGCUGGUGAGAAGGCUGUUAUGGAGACUGCAUUGUCCAGAGGGGUCUUGUUUGGGACAACGUUCUUCCUGCCAGAAGUGCUCAUGUACUGUGUGCAGAGAGCAAGAUUCGUUAAAAAUCCUCGUGCUUUGGGUUCAGUGAGGAUGUUUGUGAUUAUGUCAGUCCUAGCAGGGAUGCUACCAGCCUCAUUUAGUAUGUUCCCACAGUGUGGGGAGAUAAAGCGAGCAGACCUUGAACCGGAAAUUCUGUCAUCUACAGAAGAAACAGAGUUCUUCUACAACAGGGGAAUCUAGAGCCUGGCUUUUAUAUAUAGAUGUGUGCUGUGAUCCAAGUGAAUUCUGAUUGCAGCACUGGCAUUUGUGGCUGAAUUGUGAUUCUGUGGUGGCAAAGGUGCCAGAUCCUGUGAAUGAUGGUGUGGCCUGUAAAGAGGCAGAACUUGGCAACAUGGCUUUGCCAGCCCCAGCCUGGUGGCACCUGAAGCUGAAAAGUACUAGAAAAGCACUAUAACACAGCCUUUGUCACAACCUGUGUUCUGUGCUUCCUCAGGUGAUUGAUUCUUAAUUAAACGACUGUUGAGUACAUA